AUGACCACCGCAGCUAAAUUAAUUCGUGGCAAACAGGUGGUGACAAAGUUUUGUUUUUUCUCAGAGUUCCGUCUGGCUGUGGUCCAGCUUCAGGUGUCGAACCUGAAAACGGACAACCUGAGCCGAGCCCGGAGGCUGGUGAAGGAAGCCGCGGAGCAGGGCGGGAAGGUGGUGCUGCUCCCGGAAUGCUUCAACUCCCCAUAUGGAACCAGCUUCUUCCCCACCUAUGCUGAGAGCAUCCCAGGAGAAUCCACCCAGGUGCUGUCGGAGGCAGCGAGGGAGAAUAAGGUGUAUCUGGUGGGAGGAUCCAUCCCGGAAGAGGAAGGUGGGAAGUUGUACAACAGCUGUAUGGUUUUUGGCCCUGACGGGGAGAUGAUUCUCAAACACAGAAAGAUUCACCUGUUUGACAUCAACGUCCCGGGGAAAAUCUGUUUUCAGGAGUCGGAAACGCUGAGCCCCGGCAACAGUUUGUCCACUUUCGACACGCCGUUCUGUAAGGUGGGUGUGGGGAUCUGCUACGACAUGAGGUUUGCAGAGCUCGCCCAGCUCUACAGCAGGAGAGGCUGUCAGCUGCUGGUUUACCCGGGCGCCUUUAACAUGACGACCGGGCCCGCCCACUGGGAGCUGCUGCAGAGGGCCAGGGCAGUUGAUAACCAAGUGUAUGUGGCCACAGCAUCACCCGCCAGAGAUGAGACGGCCUCUUAUGUUGCCUGGGGCCACAGCACUGUUGUUAACCCGUGGGGAGAAGUCAUAUCCAAGGCGGGAGCAGAGGAAACUAUCAUUUAUGCAGAUAUUGACCUGCAGUAUCUGGCUGAGAUCCGGCAGCAGAUCCCCAUCUCGUCCCAGCGCCGCCACGACCUCUACGCCGUGACGGCGCUGCCAGAGUGACCCGGCUGAGCCGGGGAGGGCCGCUGAUUCUCACCCAGGUGAUUUGAGAGAUGAUUUUUCUAAUCCGGGACGAUGCUACUGGGCGAUUCACCAUUUCUGCCAGGUGGAAGCGGUGAGAGGAUAUUUAGGGGAGUCUGGGUCCCACCACAGAGCUGAUUUAGCACCAAACCCCACACCUGGUGGAUCCAUCCAUUACCAGACUUAAAAUCUAGCUGCAGCUUCUCUGUUGUUAUUUUCUGUUGUCUUCCACUGAUCAGUUCAAAAGUUAAUUUGAGUGGAAAAAACUGAGCUGGAUAUUCCCUGGCCCCACUCAUCCUUCUUUCAUGAGAUAGUGCAAAUGUACAGGACACCUGAGAAACACAAGACCUAUGAAUGGUUAAGUUUAAAAAAGGGAAGACUUAAGAGCUUUAAGUGCCGUCGGCAUGGAUUCAUUCAUUGGCAACAACCAAACAUGUUUGUCAGAUGAGUAACAACCUCGCUGCUGUUAGCCAACACUCUGUUAAAGGGAUUCAUACACCUAUCAUUUUCAGCGCGGCACAAAUCCAAAACGCGGAAAAGAUGAGUUCCUUUGGUUUGUGACGAGCCGCUCAGAGGAAUCUGAUGGUACUAUGAUUUUUACUGUGAAUAUUAAGUGAGCUCCUACCUGAUGUAACAAGCAAUAAAUGUUACUGUUUGAAAACAAAGGCUCUUUUGUAAAGCACACCCUAUGAGCUGCCCUGUCUUGCCCAGAAUUUUCAUUUUUCAUGUCUUGAAAAUAGCUUUUAUCAAACAUUUCUGAUUACAACCUGAUAUUAAGAAAAAAUCAGUUAAUCAAAAUCAAGUAAGUUUAUUUUCACCCAUUUAGUGGCCAAGAAUACAGUCUAAAUCAGUGAACAUUAGCACAGUACUGUUCCACUUUGGCAUUUCUGACAACACAUUUGCACAUGAAUGAGGUGGUCCCAGAUUUGGGGUUAGGAAUCUUUAUUACAUCUUUCCAGAGCUCCUCUUUCUGAGCAGAACAGCGUAGCUUCUAAUCUAUAAAUGCAUCCCGAUAAAUGUCUGGAUAUCUACAAGGUACCGUAACUUAUAGUGGGGGAAAUAAGUAUUUGACCCCUUGCUGAUUUUGCCGGUUUGCCCACUUACAAAGAAUGCAACGAUAUACAACUUUAAUCAUAUGUACAUUCUAACAGUGAGAUACAG